ACCAACCCCACUCUGGGCUGCACGCACCGUCAGUCAGUCUGCGUCAGGGCUCGAGAGACCUGCUGCUCGGCCUGACACAAGAAAAGUUCACACCGCGUGCAUCGCUUUUUGACACCCACUAUUUCUCUCCAAAUUUGAGAAGGGGAUAAUCUUAACCGAUUUGGAAAGCAGGGAUGGUCCUGCAGGACGACGAACUGGAGCUGGAAAUGGCGACUCCAGGCGAUUCGGACAGCCCGCUGGCUGACAACGAAGCACCGUCACCCACCCCCUCAGCGCAGACCACAGAGGAGGUGAAAGCCAUGAUGUCUGAUAAUGAGAAUAUGGAAAACGAAGCCCCGGAAAUGACGCAAAAUGAAGACGAGAUGCUGCCAGGCAUGAUCCCUGAUGAACCUCAGGACCCUGCCGAGGGCGGUGAGGACACAAGUCCAGCUGCUGAAGAGUCCGAGGAGCCUGCAGCAAUGAGUGAAGAGGUUGUUGCAGAAGCUGAGGAGACGCCCGUAAGGGAGAGCCCAAUGGAAACACCUGAGCCUGAAAUGCCAGAGCCUCAAGAUGAGGCCAUGGAGGAGACAAUAGUGAAGGAAAUAGUUGGUAAGGCUGAGGGUGUCAUUGACGAGGUCCACAUGGGAGCAAAACAAACGAUGCAGGCGAUUGGAGGGAAAAUCUCGGAGUUUUUUGGAGGCAACAUAAGGAAGGUCAAGUCCUUACUACACCUGAAUGAGAAGACUACAGAUGGAGACGGAGCGCUUAAUGACCAGGCUAAAGCAAUGUCCAGUAGCACUGGAAAUCUCUUGACAGCUGUUAAAAAGUCAAAGGCCUGCACAAUUUUGUAAUCGGAACGGAUAUCAAUCAGGACGCUUGAAAUACGAAUGAAUCAUAAAUUUUGUAAACAAUCUCUAAAUGUUUUAUAAUUCCAUCUGUAAUUUAAUUCGACUAUGUCAUUAAAUGUGUUCACUUGUUUCAAAGUCAAUAAAUUAUUCCAUCACAGCACUUGUAACUACACAACAUGCAUUAUAGUUUAAAACUUUUUCCUUUUCAAUGCAGCUAGUUUUUUUUUUUUUUACUCUUUUUUCUUGCUGCCUUCUUCACUCACAUAU